AUACAGCGGAGCUUCGGUACAUCGACGAAAUGUCUCAACAGCUUUGUAAAAUGACUGAAGUUUGUUAACGUAACACAGGUUAAACGAGCUAUUGUACAGAACAGUGUCAGUGAUAAUUAUGCACACAUACUGUGUAAUAUUGCCCAAGUAGCAGCGCAGGACGAACGUCGGUCUGAAGAUGUUGAGACGAAGUUUCCAGCAAAGCUCUGGACGGUCCGCAGGCAGAACAUCGGAACAGAGUGAUGCCAGACCUCAGAGCUCUCUGGGUGCAGGAGGCAGCAGGUUCUUGAAGAAGGCUUCACGUGCAACAAACAGCAAUCAGUCCACUCACAGCAGCCAAAUGCAGCAGGACUUUCAGCCCAGAAGCGUGAUAUCUUCACAGCUUGGCAAACAAACUGCUGCUUUGAGCAGACUGGCUGAAAUCGAGAGACGUGUCCGCAGCAAAAAAGAGGCCCUGCAACAAGUAAAGCCGGGGCUGAAGGCUGUCCAUGCAGUGUCGCAACCUCCAUGCACCCACUCACUGGAAGUCGGUGUGUCCAGCAGUGAUGAAAGCACAACGAAGAAGAAUUUCAUUAAAAACGAGCAAGCUGCAGGUACUGAUAUGAGGAACACUGCUGUGUCUGAUGAUCCGAAAGUUCCAGAUGUUGGUUUUAGAUCCAAGUCCCGAGCUGCUGUUGCUUCAGUGCCAUUGGUGAGUUUGGAGACCAAGUCGUUGAGAGGAAUGAGUGGCGUGAGUCUGGAAAGUGAUGAAGAGGACAUGCAGAAAAUGCUUGGAGACUCAUUUAAUUCAACAGACUUCAGCUUGAUGAAACCUGAGACAUCUGUCAAGAAAAGAGCAGACAAGACUGUGAUCAGACCCAGCCAUAAGGACUUCACCACACCUCCUAUGGUUGUCCAUCUUUCUCCAUCCUCCAGUACAGCCCCUCUACACUCUCCUACUUCUCGCUUGAGUUCUUCUGAUAUUGCAGCUCAGGCUCUGUACAGCCUCUCUGCUCUCUCUCCGUGCCCCUCUCCUCCCAGUGUUUCCUCUUCUAGAGGGAGACCAGGAAUACCUCCCAGAAUUGGGAGUCCGGAGCAUUCCAUCUCAUCCAUGUCCAGUCACAGUGAGGUCCAUUCUCUUGAUGAGCUCUUCCCUGUUGCGGAAGUGUCCGAAGGUUCAGAUGUUGAGAGGUGCUCAGUUUAUUCUGAAGACUUCAAGAUCAAUGUCAUGACAUUAGAUGACCUUGGUUUGGCAGAAGAACCAAUAAUAAAGGAGAGAGAAGCUGAUCAUUUUAAAGACACCAUCCCUCUGACUGGAUCCUCUGAAGCACACCAGCAGUUUACUGGACUGAAUACGAAUGAAGAGGAGGAGGAAGAAGAGGAGGAGUCCUACGAAAGUGACUUUGAGAGUGACAUCGGAACACAGUCAGAUAAUAGUGCCAUUGAGGUGUCUGAACACUUGGGAGAAAGUGGAGAGGAAGAGAAAAAUAUAUCUGAAGUAAUAGAGGAGGCUUUGGAUUCAGAUAUUCCCCACAGUGGGGCAGAAAACAAUUCAGAUACAAGCUGCUCCUGCACCACACGGACCUCUAGACAGAGUCCAACCUCAAAGCUCAGCAGCAGAAGCAGAGACUUUGUAUCGUCAAUAAAACACGACAGCCGGACAAAACGCCACCGGAAGCCUGUUUCAGCCAGCAGUAGUUUGAAGGAUGCAGCAGUACAGACCCAGCAUGGUCCACUGGAUCACACAUGGUCAGGUUUGUCUACUUUGAACCCAGCAGGAGGUUUGACUUGUGUCAAUCCCGUCCCAGCAGCCAUUCACACAGUGGGUGCUGAGACUUUGGAGGCUCUCAGCACCUACAUUCCAACUGUAAUUGUUCUCAACAAUGUGCUGAGACAGCAACUUGCUAUGACGAAGCACUUUAUGGAGAGCAACCACCAGCUGUAUUCCAAAAUAGUGCAGAGUAUCGGACCCCCGGACUACAAGUACACCACCCUGGAGGACACUGAAGAGUACAUCAGAAAGCACAGAGCUCUCAGGAUGACAGUAGAGGAAGACUGAGCAACAGCAGUACAGCGCCCUCUGCCUGUGCAACUGAACCUGAAAACGAGGUGCUGAGCAAUCUGGAAGGAGGCUACAAGCUGUGUUGCUGUGGAGUAGCAAUGUUAUUGCUCCCUUCAUAUCUUGUGCUUAACUCUUUAAACAAGCCAGAUACUUAAAUGUGAAUUUUAUAAAAGAGUAGGGCACCAGAUACAGCACGCCCACGCAGUGACCACCCCUACCAGUGAAUUUACAGGCUCAGGUUUUUACACAAAACUAAUUUGUGAAAGCGUUAGUUUGAAAUUGUGCCAUGCAAGUUUAUAAAUUAAGUGUUGAUCGAUCAGUGAUUAAUGUUCAUCACUGCAGAAGCUGAACUACAACAGUAUUAUUGUUGCACUAAAAUGGAACUGUGCAGUUUAUUUUAUUAAACUUUAAAUUUAUUGGUUCUUUCAGCUUCCCCCUUUUUCACUUGGGGUUGCCACAGCGACAUGUUGAUUUGAUGCCCUUCCUGAUGCAACUCCACAUCAUACGGAGAAUCGGCACAGGCAAACAAAUGGCCCAUCCUCCCUGAUCAAAAAUAGCCAUCCGGUCUGGUGCAGCCAGAUGAGAUGUGGGUGCCCCCUUGGCUUUUUCCAGUUGUUCCAACACUGUGGCACUACUCUGGUAAAUCUGUCUGGUGAAGGCAAGUGUCCAAAAUUGACUGUGCAAGGAGUCCAAUGAUGGAAGC